AUGACCGAGGUGUAUGACGAGUCUGACGUGAGUAAGACAACUUUGCUCGAAGAAUUGACCAUUCCAUUAACUGAUCCAGUGGAAGGGAUUGCAACGAUGUUGACUUCUGCAACAGCCAGUGCAAUAGAGUGGCUCCCCAAGACAAUCUUGACAUUUGUAGACCCCAUCCUGGUCGCAGACGGCACAUCUCCUAUCUUCUGGUGGAGCUGCUCGAUCCAGGAGGUGAUCUAUCAUUUGAAUUACAAUGCAACAUUUUACAUGAACUUGCCAUGGUUUUUGGGAGUUGCAAAGGCUCAAAUGAGCCUUAGUCAUGCUUGUAAGUAUUGUCAGGAAUGUCUUCCCAAAGAGGUGGUGCCUCAACAGGCUGAAGUGUUGGUGAUUCUGGGGGAGAGUUAG